GCACUCAUGACCUGAACUUGACAUUGAUUAAUAUUGCAUCAAAUUCUGUUUGUGUUCAGUUUCAGUUUGUCAAUGGCAGUACACUUUAUAUUGAUUACAUUCACAUUAUUGAUAGUCAAGGCCAGUUUCAUUGGGAUGACCUCAAACCUCUUAAUGAUUCAUUGAACUUUAUUAAGUGUUUUGAUGGCAUACCAGCUGGUAAUAACUUAACACUGCAUGCAUGUCAAUUCGAAACCUUUUUCGAGAACUGUAUAUCUAAUCCUCCUGCUGUAAUAACUGGUAUCAAUAUUACUAGUGACUCUACAUCUUCAGUUCGAAUGUCAUCAGUUCAUUCAUUAGUCCCAACUACUUCAGCCGUAUCAGCUACUUCAUCGGCAUCAAGAUUCCCACGGGCCAGCAUAAGUAGUAGCAUAGAUGCUUCUUCUUCAUUAUUCACUUCUUCAUCAUUUGUAUCAUCAAGUAGUAUGGUCACAGACUGUAUGAUACGUUCUACAGUUACUGUAACAAGAGAUGAUUGUAAUACGUUUGGUACUAAAAAAAGUCAAAAUAAAGCUCCUGUUGCUAUUAAUUCCUGCACUAAUUCACCAGUAUUGAAUAUUAUAUUAGGUGUAUUCCUCAUACUAUCACUAAUGAUUAAUGUUAUUACAUUAACUGUGUGUUACUGCAAGAGGAUAGGGAAGAAUGGGCAAAGUUCACAAGAGCAAAAACUAUCAUCAGUUGAUCCACAGUAUGAGAAUGUACAUCUACCAGUUCCACAAUCAGAACUAUCAAUGGAAGAAUGUGCUGCUUAUGGUGUAGUGGAGGGAUCAACUACAAAACUUUAACUUUGAAACUUUUUGUGCGAUAACAU